GCAGGUGAAAGAUGCUAAGAGAGGCUCAAGAAGUGAGGUCUGGCUCUUGCUUUGGAACAUGAACUCUUGUUCUUUAUACCACUGUGCUCUGCACACCCUGAGUCUGGCAGUGCUUGUUGCUGGAAGUGUCCACCCAGAAUGUGAUUUUAUGGUAGAGCUGAAGGAAAAGGAGGCUGAAUGUCUGGGGGCCCCACAGGAGCAUGGAAAUGCAACAUCCCCGGGUUGCAAGAGAACUUGGGACAAAUUGCUGUGCUGGCCAGAGGCAGAUGCUGGAGAGAUUCUUGCCUUACCAUGUCCAAAAAUCCUCUUUCACUUCAUGAAGGAGCCAGCUGGGAUGAUAAAACGAAACUGCACAAAAAAGGGCUGGUCUGACCCAUUCCCUCCCUUCCAUGUGGCCUGUCCAGUGGAAGAUGAGAUUCCUCUUGAAGAACAAUCCUACUUUUCUACUAUAAAGAUCAUCUACACUGUGGGGUACAGUGUGUCCAUCAUUUCCCUGAUCAUUGCUGUGACAGUUCUUAUUGCAUUCAGGAGACUUCGCUGUCCCAGGAAUUAUAUCCAUGUCCAGCUCUUUUUCACAUUCAUCCUAAAGGCUAUUGCCAUUUUCAUUAAGGAUGCUGUCCUUUUCCAGCAGGAAGGCAUUGAUCACUGCAGCUUCUCUACAACCCAAUGCAAGAUCUCCGUGGUUUUCUGUCACUACUUCAUGAUGACCAAUUUCAUGUGGCUGCUGGUGGAAGCUCUCUACCUAAAUUGCCUGUUGCUCUCAUCCCUUUCUCAUGGGAGAAGAUAUUUUUGGUGGCUGGUUCUCUUUGGCUGGGGUUUUCCAACACUUUUCACCCUUAUAUGGAUAUUGACAAAAUUCUACUUUGAAGACACAGCAUGCUGGGAUAUUAAUCAAGGUUCUCCUUAUUGGUGGCUAAUCAAAGGACCAAUUAUAAUUUCUGUGGGGGUCAAUUUUGUCCUAUUUAUCAACAUCAUCAGAAUUUUGCUGAAAAAACUAGACCCUAGACAAAUCAACUUCAACAAUUCUUCUCAGUACAGACGUCUCUCAAGGUCAACUCUGCUUCUAAUUCCAUUAUUUGGAACCCAUUACAUUGUCUUCAACUUCCUCCCAGAAUACACCAGCCUGGGGGUUCGGCUCUACUUGGAGCUCUGCAUUGGAUCUUUUCAGGGGUUUAUUGUGGCAGUUCUCUAUUGUUUCCUGAACCAAGAGCAGUAUCCAAGCACAAAAUUUCCUUUUCCUCUGUCCGAGGUGCAAACGGAGAUCGGCCGGAGGUGGCACGGGAAGAGGUUUGGGUUUGUGCCAGUGUGGAGGAGAACCAGGUGGACUGUGCCAUCCAGCUCUGGGGUGAAAAUGACCACUUCUGUGUGCUGAAAAUGGCCUCAGGACAGGGAGGGGAAAAAACCCAACCAACCAAACCAAACCCAAACAACAAACAAAUAAAGUUUUACCCAACAUAACUCGUUUAUCCUGAGUCAGUUGGAGGAGGAUCCACUUCUGCACUUCUGACCAUGGGGGUUUUUAGCAGGACAAGCAUUGCAGGGACAGAUUAAACCCUGACUGACCAUCUAAACACAAAAUAACCCUCUCAUUGAUAACUCUGCACCAAAACAAACACAGAAAUCACCUAUUCUGGUUCAUGUCUACACUACCACUGACAGUGUAACUUAGAUUUACAAACUGCUUAUGAAUGGACACCAGCACCCUCCAGUGACACCACAGAUGACCUCUGGAAAACAAAAUUCAAUUCUAAUUCAGUGUGAACUGGAGUCUGUCCACCUUGUUCAAGCUUUGUUCCAUGUUUUGAUUCUCAGACAUGCAAAUAAGAAACCAAAAGUCUUGAUAAACUCCUACAAAAUGACUAAAAAAGUCCUUUAAUGUUGUCUUUUUAUAUUGUCUCUUUGAAUCUUUUGCUACUAAAGUUCAAAUAAAACACUCUCAGGUUCUGGUGUUAUUUCAGGGGUUAUACAGGUUAGAAAAUUUCUGCCAGCCAAGCUGAAGGGAAGGGAGGUGUUGGGAAGGUCAAGGCUCCAGAUGAUAAUCAUUAAGGAAAUUCUUUGCAAGGAAAUGAAAAAAAAAAAGCCAACUUUUGCACAGAAAGAGAAUAAGACUCCCAGGAGAUGGACUGGGAGACUGCUGGGAAUACUGCUAAAUAUUUUCUUAUG